AUGUCCGUCAAAGUCGCAGUUUUCUCGGCCAAGCCGUACGACAAGGAGUACCUGUCUGCGACGCUGGCGGACAAGAAGCAGGAUGUGGCUUCCAGCCACAGCCAGAACCCGAUCGAGCUCGUCUUCCACGACUCUGCGCUCGGUCUGCACACCGUCGCGCUCGCCCGUGGUGCCACGGCCGUCUGUGUGUUUGUCAAUGACGUGCUGGACGCCGCCGUCCUCGAGGCGCUGUCGGCCGAGGGCGUCCGCGCCGUGCUGCUGCGCUGCGCCGGCUACAACAACGUGGACCUCGCCGCCGCCGAGACGCUGGGCGUCUUCGUCGCCAACGUCCCCAGCUACUCGCCCGAGGCCGUGGCCGAGUUCAGCGUUGCGCUGCUCCAGACACUGAACCGGCGCACGCACCGCGCCUACAACCGCGUGCGCGAGGGCAAUUUCGCGCUCGACGGGCUGCUGGGCAUGACGCUGCACGGCAAAACCGUCGGCGUCGUCGGCACGGGGCGCAUUGGCCUGGCGGCGGCGCGCAUCUUCAAGGGCUACGGCUGCCGCGUCCUCGCCCACGACCCGUACCCGUCGGCCGCCUUUGUCCAGGAGGAGCUCGGCGAAUAUCGUGCGCUCGACGACCUGCUGCCGCAGUGCGACGUCGUCAGCCUCUACUGCCCGCUGACCAAGGACACGCACCACCUCAUCGACGAGCGCACGCUCCCGCGGCUCAAGCCGGGCGCCCUGCUCAUUAACACGUCCCGCGGCGGGCUCAUCGCCACCAAGGCCGUCAUUGCCGCACUCAAGAGCCGCCACCUGGGCGGCGUCGCGCUGGACGUCUACGAGGGCGAGGGCGGCCUCUUCUACAACGACCACUCGGGCGACAUCAUCGACGACGACGAGCUGAUGCGCCUCAUGACCUUCCCCAACGUCCUCGUGUGCGGCCACCAGGCCUUCUUCACCGUCGAAGCCUUGACCGAAAUUGCCAACGUCACCCUCCAGAACCUCGGCGACUUUCUGCUGAGCCGCCCGUGCCCCAACGCCCUCGUGGCCGCUCACAAACAGGUUGCCCGGCGGGACUCCCUUCCGGUGCGCAUCUAA